GAUACUAAUAUUUCAUCAGAUUUGUUAUGCAAUAUUAUUGUAUAUAUGUGGAGUCAUAUAUCGAUAAUUUAUAGUCAAAGUUAAUAUAGUUUUGCUCUGACGAGAUCUGAAUUCUUGCAUUUUUUUCGAAAGAAAAAUUAACAUGAAAUCCGUCACUCACCGAUGACUUGAAGGGACAGGAACGUGCAACUUAUACUUUGCAGGCAAGUAUCUCAGAUAGGUAUAGGUUCGCGGCGCGCGCGCGGCGCCUUACUUCACUGGACGUCCGACACCGGCGGGAGUGCACGCGUAGGCGUAGCCAUCCGUCCACGGAAAGGGAAAGACAUGCAUCCCAGUCCGGCGGCCACCACGGAUGGGUCUCUUUGAUCGCCUCCUCCUCGGCGGCGGCGAUCGCAGCAGGGGGACGGAGGACCAGGAGCGCGGCGGCGCCGAGGCGGCCGCCAUGGGGUCAGACGUGCCGCCGCCGUCGGCCAUCCCUCCCCUCUCAGCCGCCGCGGCCUCCGUCGUUCGCCAGUGCGCCCGGAUCGCGGGCGUGCCGGUGGACCAGCUCCUCCGGCGGGUGGACGCGGAGGAGCAGGCCCGCGGGCCGCUGGAGUACGCCAGGAGCGUCGUGGAGUACUGCUCCCACGUCGCCCUGCGCGUGGAGGCCAGGCGCCCGGACCACCUCGGCGACAGGGAGUUCCACACGCUCACCUACGACAUGAUGCUCGCCUGGGAGGCGCCCGACGAGGAGACCGACGCCGUGUUCCAGAAAACGGCAUUCAGUGUUCUCCGUGGAGACGACGCGGACGACGACGACAGUGGGUCCAUCUUCUAUUCAAGCCCGACGCAGAUGGCCAUUCAGGUCGAUGGCAGGCGGACAGUUGGACCCGAGGCAUUUGCCAAGAUUGCUCCUGCAUGCCCUGCCAUGGCACACCCCAUCACCGUCCGUAACCUGUUCGACGCGAUCACCAACUCCACCGGAGGACGGCUGCAUUUCCUUAUCUACCACAAGUAUCUCAGAAUCCUGAACGAGGCGUUCUGCUCUGCGAAGCGUGUGCUAGGGGGGCACAGAGCCCCAGCCCUCCAGCUCUCCGACGACGAAGUGAUCCUUGACAUCCACGGCGCUGCGACGACCAAGCCAGUUCUCCAGCACAUCGGCACGUCCACAUGGCCUGGGAGGCUCACGCUGACGAACCACGCGCUCUACUUCGAGGCUAUCGGCGUCGAUUUCUCGUAUGGAGAGGCCGUCGUGUAUGAUCUGGCAAGGGACUUGAAACAGUCGGUGAAACGAGAGUCCACUGGGCCAUGGGGUGCUCACCUCUUCGACAAAGCUGUCAUGUACAAGUCCAGCCUGACAAGUGAACCCGUGUUCUUUGAAUUCCCACAAUUCAAAGGCCACACCCGCCGAGACUACUGGUUUGCGGCCAUCAAAGAGGUGCUGCACGCACACAAGUUCAUCAGGAAGUACAAGCUCGCCGGUUUCCAGAAGGCGGAGGCGCUCUCCGUCGCAACGCUAGGGAUUCUGCGGUACCGCACCGUGAAAGAGGGGUUCCACAUACUGCCGGCGCAUUUCAAGACCAUCCUCGCCUUCAACCUGGCGGAGAAACUGCCCAAGGGGGACAAGAUUCUGGAGGCACUGUAUGGCCAGCUCAAGCAGCACUGCCCGAGGUUCAGAGGAGGCCAGGAUCUUGGCCAGAGCAGUUCCGAGGAACUGAUGCUUGCUGACCCCUUCCCGCUCUCUGCGUAUACCAUGGUGACGAUGGGUUUGCUGAAGCUGAAAGAGGAGGACAACGCCGAGGAGAGGGAUUUCGCUGUGCGUGACGUGCAGAUUGGAGGGACUAGCUCAGUUCAGAUGGCUCUAGAGCGUUCGGUUGGGUAUUCGGGUAGAGUGGAAGCGGCAAGGGCUACGCUUGAUCAGGUCAGAGUGGAAGACAUAGACACUAAUGUAGCUGUCCUAAAGGAACUACUAUUUCCUCUGAUUGAAAUAGGCAAAAGGUUGCUCGCUUUGUCUGGGUGGGAAGAGCCCUUCAAGUCUUAUGUCUUCUUGUUAUGUUUCCUCUACAUGGCUUACAGUGGUUGGAUCUGGCUCAUGUUUCCUGGCUUCUUGCUUGGCUCUACUAUCUUCAUGCUAUGGAACAAACACUAUAGGCAUGGGCGCUCGGUAGGAGCGUUUGAGAUCAUAACUCCUCCUCGAAGAAGAACCGUGGAACAGCUCUUAGCUCUGCAACAGGCCAUCUCGCAGCUGGAAGCGCACGUGCAAGCAGGAAACAUUUUUCUCCUGAAGCUCCGGUCCCUCAUGCUUGCAGCGUUUCCUCAGAGCACCAACAGAGUUGCAGCUGCACUGGUUGCUGUGGCUGCGAUAUUCACGUUCGUGCCCUUGAGGACCAUCGUUCUACUAAUCCUUCUAGAAGAAUACACAAGACAGAUGCCGGUGAGGAAGAAGAGCAGUGAGAAGCUGGUGAGGAGAUUGCGGGAGUGGUGGCUCCGGAUCCCGGCUGCGCCUGUACAGCUUGUAAAGCCUCGGGAGACGAGGAGAUGGAGAUCCAGGUUGAGAUGAGAUAAGUAAGCCAAAAAAUGUUGGUUUGUUUGCUUUUAGUUUUACACCAUGUUCCGUGCACAUUCUUUGAGCGGUAGGGAUCUUGGUAUCACGCCUUCAAGUGAAAGCAAGACCUUGGUGUAAGCUGGGACUGGUUUUAACAAGCAGAAACAGAUGAAGAAAUCGUGUCUUAUUCGGUGCAACAAACGUAUACUAACUCUGUUCCAAAUUAAAAUUCGUUUCAACCUUUUAAUAUA